AUGCCACCAAAACCCGUCAAGGGCGAAUAUAUUGAGACCGACACCGGCAAUAAAAUCUCACGUCGCUCACUCAUCCACGGUACACAACAUAUCAUUCUUGGUGGUAAAACCGUCAUCCAGGCCGAAGCCGUGAUUCGCGGCGACCUCUUCCGCGUUCAACAGCCAAGUCAGCAAAACGAUGAUGCUGGCCCAACUUCCUCAUCAUCAACAAAUAUCCCCCCCUCGGUCGCAAUCACGGUGGGAAGAUAUACGUACAUCUCAAAGGCUGCAAUACUUAGACCUCCAUCACGCUUGCACCGCGGUAUUCACUCGUUCUACCCGCUCAAGAUAGGUGAUCACGUCUUCGUCGGCGAGCGGUCGGUCGUUGAAGCCGCCCAGGUUGGGAAUCAUGUGCAUAUCGGCAAUGAUGUGGUUGUGGGCAAUAUGGUGAUUUUGAAGGAUUUUGCUUAUGUUCUCGAUGGAGCCGUGGUGCCGCCCGCGAUGGUUGUGCCUAGCUUUUGCGUGGUUGGUGGUAGGCCUGCUAGAAUUGUUGGUGAGGUUGGUGAAGGGUAUGGAGUAGAAGGGGCUGAGGGUGGUUUGGCAAGGGAGAGGUAUAGAUUGGUUGGCCGGUAG